UCGAGUGCGGACAUUCCCCGGAUUAAGUAGCGCCAAAGAAAUUGGCUGGCAGCGAAAUCAAAACAAGAAAUCCAAUUUCCAAAACAGCUGCUUCAGAACAAGAAGCUCAUCGCCAAAUCGCUAUGCUGGCUUUCUUUCAUCAUCCCGGUUGCUUCGAGUAUAAAUAGCUGCGGUCGCAGCUAUUUCAAUUAGAUUACCAUCCAAGCUCCAGAAUACCAAACCAAAGCCCCAGAAUGUCGAGAAUCCUUGUCGCCGCCAUCGCCUUCGUUACCAUCUGUCUGGUCCUUGUCACCGCCGCUCCCGCCCCGCCCACUCAGAUCCUGGACGCCCGGACGGCCAUCCAGAAGAUAAUCGACGCAUACAAUCGGAUUCCGGGUCCCUCGGUUGUUCACCCCUGGGAGGUGGCCACUUUGAUUGACCCCAACACCUUUGUGGCCCACUUCUGAAGUUCCAAGCACUUCCAAUUCUAACUGACUACCUUAACCAACUAAAAUGCCCAAAUAAAUCCCAUUCGAAA